AUGAAUCGACCAGCCGUCGGACCCCAGUCUCUGCGAGGUAUGCCAAAUGGCUUCCAAGCGCAGCAGCAGAUACCGCAAAAUCGGAGCGUAUCGAGCAGGCUACCGCCCAGCGGAAAGAUGGCUGGUAAUGGGGCAACUUGGGGAUUUGGCGGUGGAGUGCCCAUGGGAAGUGCAGGUCUAGGAAACUCACGUCCUGGUAAUCCUCCCAUGACGAGCUUUGCACAGACAAUUGGUGGUUCAUCUCAGCCUACAACAGCCCUAGACCUCUCCGAGUUUCCAUCGUUAUCCAAUAAUCAACCUCAGCCAAGCCAGUCAGCGUGGGCUGCAUCUGGAACUCGAAAUCUGGGCCCGUCAACCAAUGUGCGGCUGCAACAACAGUCAGGACUGUCAUCACAGCAACAACUGAAUAACCAGCAGCAAACCCAGCAACAGCAGGAGGACCUGUUCAGUUCAUCCUCCCAGUUACCAAGUAGUCAGGGUAGAUUCAGAUUUGGUAGCCAAAAUGCUGUUGGCCAAUCCUCACAGACUAACCCUGUGGACGACUUCCCACCUCUCAACAGGAACGCGAAUGGGGAAAUCGGUCAGGACCGAAGCGCCAACAUAAUACCUAACGUUGGCUUUGGAGCUCAGUCGAAUGGAUUAGGCUUUGGUACGGCAAAUCCACCUCAGCCGAAUCGAAACAACGGCUUGCUCAAUGCAUUGUCAGGGAGCAAUCGAGUAGGAACAGGAACUCGCGUCGCGUCACCGGGAAGCGUAUCAGGUCUUUCAGCGUCGAGAUCUUCAGCUGAAGGGAACCGCCAAGCUUCCGGUGGUGUGCCUGAGAGCGACACGAAUUCAUUCUCUGGUGCACAAUUCGUCUCCUCAACACAACAUCCCCAACGUGAAGACGCGAUAACGCAUUCCGUCAUGUCGAGAACAGACGGACCACCACAACAGGAUCCGGCACGCUCGCAAACCAUGGAAUCUACUGUCUCUACACAGAGCAAUGCUGACGAGUCGAGCCUCGAGGUUCAAGAUCCCCUGCCUGGCAUGAACGAGAUGGAUAGAUGGGGUCUAAAAGGCUUUUCUGUCAUGAUGAAUAACUUUCCCGACUAUGCUGCACUUGUCACUGGAGCGGACAUGGCUAACUUCGGAUUCGAUCUGAACUCCAACGAGAAUAUCUCAUCGCAACUCUACUCUUUGUGGGAGAACGAACCUCCUCGACCAACUGUGCCAAGAUUCACAUUGCCAGAAUGCUACACCGUUGGAAAUGUCGCCGCUCUGGAGACUAAGAUGUCUAAUUUCAAUGAUGAGGCGUUGAUCUUCAUGUUCUACAGCAAUCCAGGAGAUGUUCAGCAGCUAAUGGCGGCGUCAGAGCUUCACAAUCGCAAUUGGCGCUACCACAAGAAGUUACAGCUCUGGCUGACAAAGGAUGAGAUGAUGGUUCCACAAUCCAUGGGCAACGGUACCGAGCGUGGCUAUUAUAUCUUCUUCGACAUCAAGCAGUGGCACCGCGAGCGACGGGAGUUCACCCUCAUCUAUGACGAUCUUGAGAACCCUUCCCUACCUAACGCACUUCCUCGUGCUCUUGUAUAA